UUUCGAGAUUAAGCGGACGGGAGCUACUUUUCCUUACAGGAGCACUGUGCCAAGGGAGUGUUACCAGUGUCGGUUAUAUUAGCCAAUAUUUUCUUUCCGUGAGUCCCAUAACGCGUCUCACACUUUCAAAGUUUAUUACCAGUUUGACAUGGCUGCCCAGUGUGUAACCAAGGUGGAGCUGACUGUGUCCUGUGACAACCUCCUGGACAAAGAUGUCGGCUCAAAGUCAGACCCCCUGUGUGUCCUGUUAAUGAACAGCUCUGAUUCUCAGUGGUAUGAGGUGGGUCGCACAGAGAAAGUCCAGAAUUGUCUCAGCCCAAAGUUUUCCAAGAAGUUUGUCGUUGACUACUACUUUGAAAUAGUGCAAAAGCUGAAGUUUGGGGUUUAUGACAUUGACAACAAGACAAUUGACCUGACUGACGAUGACUUCCUGGGUGAACUAGAAUGCACCCUGGGCCAAGUUGUAUCUAGUAAGAAACUGACCCGACCGCUUGUGCUGAAGAACAAAUCGCCAGCAGGGAAAGGGACCAUCACAAUCAAUGCAGAGGAAAUAAAAGACAAUAGGGUGGUGAAUUUUGAAGUGGCAGCAAGAAAACUAGACAACAAGGAUUUGUUUGGAAAGUCCGACCCCUACCUGGAGUUCUACAAGCAGACAGAAACAGGCUGGCAGCUGGCUCACAGAACAGAGGUGGUGAAGAACAACUUGAAUCCAACAUGGCGGCCGUUUCGAAUCCCUCUGCAGUCUCUCUGUGGAGGAGACAUGGAGAAGCCAAUAAAAGUUGAGUGUUACGACUACGACAAUGACGGGUCACAUGAUCUUAUUGGAGUCUUUGAGACGACAAUGAGACGCCUCCAAGAAGCCUCACACACUUCUCCGGCAGAGUUUGAAUGCAUCAACAGUAAAAAGAAACAGAAGAAGAAAGGCUACAAGAACUCUGGUGUUGUGAGCGUAAAGCUGUGCCAGGUGGUGAAGGAGUAUACCUUCUUGGAUUAUAUUAUGGGAGGCUGUCAGAUUAACUUCACUGUGGCCGUUGACUUCACAGGUUCCAACGGGGAUCCUCGGUCACCCCAGUCUCUGCAUUACAUUAGUCCCCAGGGUGUUAAUGAGUAUCUCACUGCAAUCUGGUCAGUGGGUAAUGUCAUCCAGGACUAUGACAGUGAUAAGAUGUUUCCUGCAUUUGGCUUUGGAGCCCAGAUUCCACCCACAUGGCAGGUUUCCCAUGAGUUUCCGCUCAAUUUCAACCCAUCAAAUCCAUAUUGUGCAGGUAUUGAAGGUGUGGUUGAAGCCUACAGAAGCUGCCUGCCGCAAGUCAAACUGUACGGUCCCACUAAUUUCUCCCCGAUUAUCAACCACGUGGCCCACUUUGCAAAGCAAGCCCUCCAGCAGACCACUGCAGCUCAAUAUUUUGUUCUCCUGAUCAUCACUGAUGGAGUGAUCACGGACAUGGACGAGACGCGCAACGCUAUCGUCAACGCAUCUCGCCUGCCCAUGUCUAUCAUCAUCGUCGGGGUCGGAGGGGCGGACUUCAGUGCCAUGGAGUUCCUGGAUGGAGACGAUGGUUGCCUGCGCUCUCUCACUGGCGAGGCUGCCAUGAGAGACAUUGUCCAGUUUGUACCAUUCAGGCAGUUUCAAAAUGCACCGAAGGAAGCGCUGGCAAAGACCGUGCUGGCUGAAGUACCAGGUCAGCUGGUGGAUUUUUUUAAUACCAUGAAACUGAGUCCACCCAACUCGAACCCUGCAACCAACCCUGCAACCAACCCUGCAACCAACCCUGCAACCAACCCUGCAGGCACUGUGUAGCAGACUCAUCUCAUCUCCAACUACUAUAGAUCACCUCAUAGCUUCCUCACAUUAUGCAAUCACCACACUGACAUAAAAGAAAACACACAUCCUACACAAUCACUCUCCUAGGUUGAAUAAUCUGUUAUUGCUUUUAGAUGCUAAAACAGGCUCGGUGCUUUUGAGAUUACAGUGAAUUCUAAAGCAACUGCAAGAUAACCCACACUAAGAUUUAAGGCUUUAGUGUUAAUGUAAUAUUUACUGAAUAACAGGAUAUUCAGAUUUACAAGAUAAAACACUGCAAAGCAGUGUGAUAGAUUUAUUUUUUUUUAAUGCGUGUUUGUUGGCUCCAGAACCAAAUUAUAAAAAUUAGGUAAAAUGUAGAAUAGGGAGUUCUGGGCUUCUCUGCUUAGGCUGCUGCCCCCACGAGCCGGCCCCAGAUAAGUGGGAAAAAAUGGAUGGAUGGAGGUAAAAUGUAAAAUAAUAUAGAUUAUCUUUUGAUAGCAUCAUACCACAUGUUUAUUCUUGUUGUUUUUGGCAUUAUUGCACGUUUAUUGCAAAACAUUAUAUUAUUCUGUUUAGUUAGAAUGAAAUGCCAAACCCAGAGUAUUAUUCUGAAAUGAUGUUGUGAUAACUGGAAUGUUAAUGCCAGUUUCUAGUUUUGUGUCAGCUACAUUUAGGAUACUUUAUCACGUGGAUGAAGAUUAGCAAAGUUACCACGGGAUCAUUCCUUCAACUGGACCAACAACUAAGAGGAACAUAAAUCAGUAUUAAACAUGCUCGCACAGUAGAAGCCAAACUCAGGACUGAUCGUUAGUCAUAUAUAGAGUCUGACUGAUACAGUAGUUUUUAAGAUCGAUAACAAUAUUUGGUGAGUUUAAUAAUCUGAUACUUUGAUAUAUAGGCAGACUUUUUUGUUUUUUCUCCUCUUACCUUGUUUACUCUGCCCACCUUUGCUUGCUUUGUGGCUUUCCAAACAUACGCGCUGCCAACAGGGAAGCUGCAUGUUUCAAGGGCAUAUCUACCGUAACUUCUUUACCUGAUACUGAAGGAUUGGCAAACAGCUAACAUUGUUCGGGUGAUAAAUGGGUCAGGUCCUAAUCAUGUACAUGUAUGUUUUUACCUUUUUGUUUUUAUAUGGUUUUACAAUGAAACAAAUGUAUCACGUUUCAUCUGCUUUGUGGUCUGAAAGAAGUGGGAACUGUGCCUUCAUUGUGCAUUAAGCAUGCAAAUAAAGCCUAUUUUAUUCAAACAAA